AUGGAUUUCAGCGCCGCCGGAGUCGUUAUAGAAACUAUCUACAUAGUCAUAUACAUCGUAUAUGCCCCUGCACCUGUUCGGCAGCCAUAUGACAUGCUGAUUAUAUCCAUAAAUGCCGCUGGAGCCGUUAUAGAGACUAUUUACAUAGUCAUCUAUAUUAUAUAUGCCCCCGCACCUGCUCGGCGAUUCACGAUCAUAUUGCUCAUCGCAAUGAUCGUUGGAUUAUUUGCACCGAUCUUCUUAGCUAUACAAUUUUUUGUAGCUAAGAAGAAUCAUGUCACCGUACUCGGAUGGAUCUGUACAUCCGUUUCGAUUGCUGUUUUCGCGGCACCUCUUAGCGCCGUGAUACAUGUAGUUCGUACGAGGAGAGUGGAAAUAUUUUUUUUGACACAUUUAUUUAUUUAUUUAUUUAUUAAUUCUUUAAUCACAGCCCUUCUCUCAUUUUCCUGCUCAUCACAAUUCAUCUUGCCAAUUCAAAAAGAUCCAUUAACCAAACUUUUCUACACUUCACUUAGCAUAGGAACACCUCAACACAAUUUCAAUCUAGUCAUUGAUCUUGGAGGACCAAUCUUAUGGUAUGAUUGCAACAAAACCUACAACUCAUCAACCUACACUCCCCUCUCUUGUGACUCCAAACUCUGUCCUAAUGAUGCUGGAUGCACUAGCUGUGAUGGCCCUUUGAAACCAGGUUGCACAAACAAUACAUGUGGUGCUAACAUAAUCAAUACAUUAGCAAAUUCUAUAUUUUCAGGUGACACUGGCAAUGAUGUUAUGUUCAUAUCACAUUCAAAAAUCUCAGGCCUAUUUUCUGGAUGCACUAAUUUAGAUGCAUUUUCUGAUAAUGAACCUCUUAAAGGCUUACCAAAAACUAGUAAAGGUAGACACUUUUCCUUUAUACUCUGGGGAACUAGCACCGGGAUCUUCAAUCACAGCCAAAUUCUAGAUUUGCAGCGAGUGCAUGCACGCACGCACGCACGCACGCGCACGCACACUUUCCUUUAUGUUAUCAAUGACACGAACCUAGAACUGAAAGGAACGUUGGAAAGGGCGAAACUGAGCGGAGAUCAACAGUAUAACAGCGUAACAGUAGAGAGAGAGAGGUAAGCUUCAUUGUUAGUAAGCUUGAAAAUUCA